GUAUUUAAAAUAAACACACACACACACACACACGGUCUCUCUCUCUCUCUCGUGCCUUCCUAACCGACGGACGGUUGCCGUUAACGGCUCAUUGUAACGGUCGGAAGCACGGCGCGAGGAUGGAGCCGUUGGUCGCUGCCAUCGAUCAGGGCACGAGCUCGACGAGGUUUCUGGUGUUCAACGCCAAAACGGCCGAACUGUUGAGUCACCACCAAGUAGAGAUCAACCAGAGUUUCCCCAAAGAGGGCUGGGUGGAGGAGGACCCCAAGGAGAUCAUGCAGUCUGUCUACGAGUGCAUGGAGAGGACCUGUGAGAAACUCUCCCAGCUCAACAUCGACAUCUCCAACAUAAAAGCGGUUGGUGUGGCCAAUCAGAGAGAGACGACCCUGGUUUGGGACAAAGAGACCGGAGAGCCACUCUACAACGCCAUUGUUUGGCUGGACCUGCGCACACAGUCAACGGUGGAGAGGCUCAUCACCAAAACUCCCGGCCAAAACAAGAACCACCUCAAGCACAAGACGGGCCUUCCCAUCAGUACCUACUUCAGUGCAGUGAAGCUACGUUGGCUGCUGGACAACGUGGACGAAGUGCGACAGGCAGUGCUGAGUGAGCGCGCCAUGUUUGGCACGGUGGACUCUUGGAUCAUCUGGUGCCUGACGGGGGGCAGGAACGGAGGGAUCCACUGUACGGACGUCUCAAACGCCAGUCGCACCAUGCUCUUCAACAUCCACACCAUGGACUGGGACCCUGAGCUCUGCAGGUACUUCGAUGUCCCAAUGGAAAUCCUCCCCAAAGUCAGAAGCUCCUCUGAGAUCUACGGCUGGAUGAAAUCCGGCUCUCUUGCAGGAGUUCCAAUCUCCGGGUGUCUUGGCGAUCAGUCGGCUGCUCUGGUUGGUCAGAUGUGCUUCACAGAGGGCCAAGCCAAAAACACGUAUGGGACCGGUUGCUUCCUGCUCAGACAUACAGGGACCAAGCCUGUGAUGUCAGACCACGGCCUGCUGACCACGGUCGCCUACAAAAUGGGAAAAGACGAGCCCACCUGCUAUGCACUCGAGGGUUCAGUGGCCAUCGCAGGGGCAGUGGUACGGUGGCUGAAGGACAACAUGGGCAUUGUGCAGUCUUCCUCAGAGAUCGAGACACUAGCAGCAGCAGCAGGCUCGUCUUACGGCUGUUACUUUGUGCCGGCUUUCUCCGGGCUCUACGCCCCCUACUGGGAGCCCAGUGCAAGAGGCAUCAUCUGUGGGCUCACUCAGUUCACCAACAGGAACCACUUGGCUUUUGCUGCCCUUGAAGCCGUCUGCUUUCAGACCAGAGAGAUCCUCGAUGCGAUGAACCAGGACAGCGGCGUACAUCUGACGCAGCUGCAGGUGGAUGGAGGCAUGACGUCCAACAGGUUACUGAUGCAGCUGCAGGCCGACAUCCUCUGCAUGUCCGUGGUGCGACCCACCAUGUCUGAGACCACAGCUCUGGGUGCAGCCAUGGCAGCUGGUGCAGCUGAGGGAGUCAAAGUGUGGAACCUGAGUCCCGGUCACCUCCCACACAUCACAUCAGAGAAAUAUGAACCUCAGAUCAACUCUGACGAAAGCGAGUUCCGCUUUGCUCGUUGGAAGAAAGCCGUCCAGAGAGCCAUGAACUGGGAGACCACAGAGCCUUGCUGCAAUGCCAACGGUUUAGGAAAGAAGACGAACGGCAACCCCUGGGGGGUCCCUCCCACUCCUCCCCCCACCAGAGCCGACCCCUAAGAUCACCAGCAGUAAUUGUGGUAUAAGACCUUCAUGGGAACAUGGAAGCCGACAAUGGAGCAACACUGGAAGAAGAGCUCACACUGAAUAAAGGAGUUGAAUGAAUGGCUGUGUGAUGUGCAGUCGUCUCGGGGCGACGUGUAGCAGUAGUUUCCCAUCACUGUGACAUGAAUGAACACCGUUUUAUCAUCAACCUCAAGUGCCAGCUGCAAUGAAGAGUCGCACAACCUGUGGAGGAGUUCUGAAGCAAGUAUGGACCGGUUUCUGAUUGGACUUCCUUUGUCUUCCUUUUCUGAAAGAGGGGAAAGUGUUCUUAAAAUCUCACAAUCCUGUAAAUACUCUGAAUUUGCCUUCAACCUAUAGGAAGGGGAAGACCAGGUGUUCCUAUCAAGUAAAGAGUUGCACUAUUGUACCUCCUCACCUCAGCAGAUACUGUACUGUUUGUUUUUAACCGUCUGUUCUGUGCGUAGUCUUUGUAUGUUUUAAAGAUCCAAACACAACUCUGAACAGAUGUUAGACAUGUUGACUGAGACUAAUUGUUUUUAAAAAUGAAGUUGGGUUUGUUCUGGGAGGAACUAAAGAGGGGAAAGAGACAUAUUAUUGUCUUACAGUUAAAGGUUUCAGGAGACAUUUGGGUCGAUUUGGGUGUAUUUGGGGGGGGGGCUUUCAACAGCACUUUAUAAUGUAUGAAGGAGGAUUGUGGGAGCCAUGCCGGUGUUUUUAAAGGGAACUGUUUUUAAGGAACUUAUUAUUUUUUAAGUUCAUCAUUACUGAAGUCAGUAGGACUAAAGAAACCAUUUGUCACAUCUGUCCACACACAAUCCAUUAAGAUUUGUUUCAGUCUUAUGUAAGCAAAACUUUUACAUCCGAAUCAUCGUACAUCCACAUGAAAAUAUGGAAGCUAACUUUAAUUCACAAUGAAGAUAACAUUAAGAUUAAGUUACAUUUAGUGAAAGCUUUUUUAGGUUUUUAAUCAUUUGAAAAGGGAACAUGUGGGUACUGUAUUAAUUCCUGGUGACUGAUAAAGGUUUGUUCAUCUUUGUAAUGUGUAAUUAUCCCAGAGUCUAUCUCCAAGACAGUUUAUGUUAUCUGACAAUUUUUUCCUCCGAUUUGUUGACAAGAUGUUUAGCAAGAAUCCUUCAGCUCUGUAGGAAUGUAUAGAUGCUGUAAUAAAUGCAAAAACCUGACUUGAAUAAUAAAAUUGAGUACAUUCUUUGUAAUUAGAAA